GGAGGAGGAGGCCAUGUCAUGAGAGCAAGUGGGUGAAGCGAGAGGCUGAGGCAGUUCAGGCAAUUGGAUGAGGAAGUGGUGCUGGUGCGCACACAUGGGUGUGGUUGGUUAGCAGUUAGCCCAUCAGCCACUCAGAAGUGACAUACAGAGGAAAAAGCAUCGUGGAUGGCGAGGCUGAAUCCGUGGAGCCGGGCACCUGGCAGGAUGGACGCGAAGAUCUGUUUGGUUUCCCUGACCUUUGUCCUGUCUGUCAUGCUACAAGUGUCAAGGGCUCAGACUCCCACACUUGCAAACCCAGCAACAGGGCCCACUUCUGCAACUCCCACUGGAAGGACAGUUGCAGGCAGAGUCACCAGAGAUGCUGACUCCUCCCCUGAAAUUUCCCGCGUUGAGCUAACCACAGCCAAGCAGAACGGCACCGUCAAACCAGGCAGUGUCAUCACCACACCAUCAGCAGUGACUUCAGAAGCUCCCAAAGAAGCAACAACAAAGAUGGAGACAAAGCUCACACCUACAACAGCAUCCACUGUGACAUCCUCCCCAUCCACAACUACGAAAACCGCCCAAGAAGGUACAGGUUCCAAUUUUGCCCGGGAUGUGGGAAGGGGAGACGACGCAUUCACCUAUGAUUACAAGUCCCUGCGCCAAGCCGGACUGUCCAUUGCAGCAGUUCUUUUCAUCCUGGGCAUCAUGGUCAUCGGAUGUGGCAGAGUCUGCCGGCUGCCCAAGUGUCACAAGAAGUCAUCUCGGUCAUAUCACGUAGUCCCGACAUCAUGAGAAGAGAGAACAGAGGGUGUACACUGAUAAAACUACAGAGCUGCAAGAAACCAACCAGGAGUCGAUCAAGGGAAAAACACUCGCCCAUCACCUGGCAGUCUGUGUUUGUACAUGUGGACUGACUGACUGUAUGCUGCUUAGUAACAGUGUCAAAACAAGAAUCAUGCUGACAAGUGAAAAUCAUCGGCUUAAUCUCUGUCAAAUGUUGUUUCUAUACUUGGAAAAACCCGCACUAAAAAAGUUAAACGAUUAUUUAUCCUGGCAAAUAAUAAAGAGAUGACUCAUGUUUUAAUCACACCUUCA